AGAUAUAACACGACACAGGUGUAAGUAACACAAGAGCAAGCAUCUGCACGUGACCCAGAGUGAGAGCAGAGGGAGGAAGCUCAGAGUAGGGGCUGCGGUGAUGUCUCGCACUUGUGUGCAGGCGUGUGGCCGCUUUCCGCUGUGCUGUCUAAUGGCAGAGUUACACCGAGGUCUCAGGAGUUAGGUGCUGGGGAUGGGACACUGAAUCCUCAGGUGUAAGACAGGUGGUGUGAUGGGAAUACUACUGUAGGUUGGGCUGGGGAUACUGAAUCCUCUCGGUGACUGCUAGUGGCAUAGAGCUGCUAACUCUGACGUCCGUUACCCGAUCCCUCCCAUCCCUCCAUUUCCUCUGCAGACACAGGCGUGCAUAUAUCUGGUCUGGGCACAGUGCACGCACUCUGUAUAAAGUAUGUCCAGAGCAGAAAGGUUGCUGUCAUCACAGCCCAAAGCACCGCUGGCCGCUGGGGAGAGAAGGAGCAGGGCAUUGGGUGACGGACGCGGCGCCGGCAUCCCCUCCCCUCUGGGCUCCAGUGCAAAUUGCAGGAGGAGAGGCGGCGGCUUAGUCUCAUCCACAUCCAACACCCCUCCUUCUCUUCAUCUCCAGCCCACAGCUGCCGAGUAUAUAGGCAGAGUAAGGAAGACAACCCACCCGUCCCCGCUUCUCAGUGUCUCCUCGUCCGGCUCGCAGGCUGUCUACCUCCCACCCAUUGCUAGCACCCCACCCUCUUCCUCUAGCAUCAUCGCCGGCCCAGGGGGAAGGCGAGGAGUGGAUGAGAGGGAAACUGUACACAGUCUGGUGGGUGGAGGUAGGAGGAAGCGAAGAGCUGCUGGGUGGGGAAGAGAUCCCUCGCUGAGACAGUGGAGCAGCAGCUUGAACAGAGUCAGUCGUAACCCGGUGUGCCCGCAGCCCGGGGCACACCCAUUCCCCAUCCAGGGGCUGCUACUUCUCUGCCAUUCCCCUGGCACUGUACUCAGUGUACGGAGACAGCAGUGGGCACAUCCAGUAGUGCAAGGUGCUGGGCUGGGAAGCAGGAUCACUGAGCCUUCAACAUCUGCAUGCGUGAGGCUGCUGCUCCAGAGAGCCGGCGCUGCUGACAUCAGCUGUAUUGUGGGCAGCAGAUCCCCAGCUGCUCUCAAAGGGGCUGCUGCCACUGGACCCCCGCUCCUCAGUCCAGACAUGGAAGAUGGACCUUCAUCUUCUGCAGGCUGCUUUAGGAGGUUUACAGACUGCUUUGUGAGCACCAGCUUGACUGAUGAGAAAGUAAAGGCAUAUCUGUCUCUCCACCCCCAAUUGCUUGAUGAAUUUGUAUCAGAAAAUGUCCCUUCUGAAACUGUAGAAAGAUGGAUGAAAAAGAAAAACACAAGUGAAGAUUUGACUCCAGCGGAAGUCAGCAGGCAGUACCAGGAUACAAAUAUGCAAGGAGUGGUGUAUGAGUUAAAUAGUUACAUGGAACAGCGGCUAGAUGCUGGAGGAGACAACAAAUUACUACUCUACGAAUUAAGUGAUAUUAUCAAAACAGCUACGAAAGCUGAUGGAUUUGCACUAUAUUUCCUUGGGGAAUGCAAUAAUAGCUUAUGUAUGUUUACACCAACUGGAACCAAGGGCGGACAGACACAGCUAACUCCUGCUGGGCCAGUUGAAUAUGGCACCACAGUAUCUGCCCAUGUAGCCAAAUCCCGAAAUACUGUGUUAGUAGAAGAUAUUCUAGGGGAUGAAAGGUUUCCUAAAGGUACCGGACUGGACUCAGGGACUCGUAUCCAGUCUGUUCUUUGCUUGCCGAUUGUUACAGCAAUUGGAGAUCUUAUUGGGAUUCUAGAACUUCAUAGGCAUUGGGGAAGGGAAGCCUUUGGUCUGUGUCAUCAACAGGUCGCAACAGCUAACCUUGCAUGGGCAUCAGUAGCAAUACAUCAAGUACAAGUAUGCAGAGGAUUGGCAAAACAAACUGAGCUAAACGACUUUCUACUAGAUGUGUCCAAAACAUAUUUUGAUAACAUAGUUGCAAUAGAUUCUUUACUUGAACAUAUUAUGGUAUAUGCAAAGAACCUGGUGAAUGCAGAUCGCUGUGCACUGUUUCAGGUAGAUCACAAAAAUAAAGAGUUAUAUUCUGAUCUUUUUGACAUCGGUGAAGAAGAUGAAGGAAAGCCAGUUUUCAGGAAGACCAAAGAAAUCCGAUUUUCUAUUGAAAAGGGUAUAGCUGGUCAGGUUGCAAGAACAGGUGAAGUUCUUAACAUUCCUGAUGCCUAUGCAGAUCCACGCUUUAAUAGAGAAGUAGACCUCUAUACGGGUUAUACAACUAGGAACAUCCUGUGUAUGCCAAUUGUAAGCAGAGGGAGUGUUAUUGGUGUUGUACAGAUGGUGAACAAACUAAGUGGAAGUGCCUUCUCUAAAACAGAUGAGAACAACUUCAAAAUGUUUGCUGUUUUCUGUGCUUUAGCCUUACACUGUGCAAAUAUGUACCAUAGAAUACGGCAUUCGGAGUGCAUUUACCGGGUGACUUUAGAGAAAUUGUCCUAUCACAGCAUCUGUACUUCAGAAGAAUGGCAGAACCUGAAGAAUUGUACCCUUCCAGCACCUCUUUGUAAAGAGAUUGAAUUAUACCACUUUGACAUUCAACCAUUUGAGGACCUAUGGCCAGCCAUUUAUGUGUAUAUGAUACAUCAGUCUUGUGGUAAAACCUGCUUUGAGCUUGAAAAGUUGUGUCGUUUCACUAUGUCUGUGAAAAAGAACUAUCGUCGUGUACCUUAUCAUAAUUGGAAACAUGCUGUAACUGUCUCUCAUUGCAUGUAUGUUAUAUUGCAACGUAACCAAGAACUAUUCACAGACUUGGAGAGACAAGGACUGUUGAUAGCAUGCCUAUGUCAUGACCUGGAUCACCGGGGGUAUAGUAACAGCUACUUACAAAAAUUUGAUCAUCCCUUGGCAGCAUUAUAUUCCACAUCAACAAUGGAACAACACCACUUCUCUCAGACUGUGUCUAUUUUGCAGCUGGAAGGGCACAAUAUCUUUUCAAACUUGAGUUCCAAUGAGUAUGAGCAAGUGUUGGAGAUCAUACGCAAAGCCAUCAUUGCCACAGACCUUGCACUGUACUUUGGAAACCGAAAACACUUGGAGGAACUUCACCAAACUGGGGCACUAAAUUUUAACAACCAAGUACACAGAGAUCGAUUAAUUGGGUUGUUGAUGACAGCGUGCGAUCUUUGUUCUGUAACAAAACACUGGCCAGUGACCAGAAUGAUUGCUGAUGAUAUAUACGCAGAAUUCUGGGCAGAGGGAGAUGAAAUGAAAAGGAUUGGUAUUUCACCAAUACCGAUGAUGGAUAGAGAUAAAAAGGAUGAAAUUCCUCAGGGGCAGAUUGGAUUCUACAAUGCAGUAGCUAUCCCUUGCUACACAACAUUAUCACAAAUCUUUUCUUCUACACGACCACUCCUUAGUGCGUGCAGGGAUAAUCUACAUCAGUGGGAGAAAGUCUCCAGGGGAGAAGACACCACCGUUUGGAUUCCCACCCAGUCAAAUGCAACAGAUUCAUCAGAUUCUCUUCCUGUUAAGAUUGAUGACUGAUUUGCAGUGUCCGUAUUUAUCUAAAUAAAAAAAAAAAAGUGACAAGAAAGGCUUGUGGUAACAAAGUCUU